UGCACCCGUGACACACUUGGAUAUAGAGACACACCAAUGAGCCACUGCAACACAGUGAGCAGGAAGAGUACAGCAAGCUGGUCAUCAGGUGCUGGGUUGGCUUUCCACAGAACUGCAAUGCUAAGAAGAGGCAGAAACGGACGGGCUCGGCACUUGGCCUGGAGUCAAACCUGGCAAGAGACAGAUGCCAUGGCUGUGAUCCAGUCAUCAGACAGAGAGGAACAGGAGGGUCGGACAGUCACACAGCUCUACUGCUGGAGCUCACUGCCCCCCUGGACUAGGGCCACGUCCGUGGACUUACAGGAUCCUGUUUGUAAUGUUUGCGUCAACCAGAUCAGUGACUUGGAGCCUGAGGUGGAUUACCGGGCCGGGUUCCAGACUGUCUCUGAGGUGGUGGCAUUGCCAAGCACAGUACCAGUGAAACGGGAGUCUUUCUUCCACUGUGACCCAGAGGAAGAGCUCAGUCCGCUUCUUGGCGUCAUCAGUGACUGUCUCUAUGGGGAGGAGGACAAAGGUUUUGACUGGGUGUGGGAUGACCACUGUAAGUCCUCUGGAGCCUUUCUGAGCUGUGACAACAGGAAGGUGAGCUUUCACUCAGACUACAGCUGCGGCACCGCUGCAAUCCGUGGCAACAAGGAGCUCGCAGACGGCCAACACUACUGGGAAAUCAAGAUGACCUCCCCUGUCUACGGUACAGAUAUGAUGGUGGGAGUUGGAACUUCAGAGGUGAACCUGGAGAAGUUCAAGUACAACUUUGGCAGUCUGCUGGGCCAUGAUGAAGACAGCUGGGGGCUCUCCUACACCGGUCUGUUCCAGCACAAAGGGGACAAAAUAAAAUUCUCUUCUCGGUUCGGUCAAGGCUCGAUCAUCGGAGUGCACCUGGAUACGUGGCACGGCACCCUCACCUUCUACAAGAACCGGCACUGCAUAGGUGUGGCUGCAACAAGGUUACACAACAAGAAGUUGUACCCCAUGGUGUGCUCCACAGCAGCCAAGAGCAGCAUGAAGGUGAUGCAGGCCUGCUAUACACCCACCUCCCUGCAGUACCUUUGCUGUGCAAGGCUGCGCCAAAUGUUGCCGUGUUGCCCAGACCUGUUUAAUGCCCUGGAUCUGCCCCCUGGCCUGCGUGUCCUCCUCCACAUACAGCUGGGCUGGGUCUUCAGCCUCAGCAGCAGCCCCGAACCCUCAGAGGAGCAGGAGGAUUUCGGCAAGACGAGCCUGCCUUCGAGCCCCUGCCCCAACCUGAGCCCGGUGUCCAGUGCCUGUGCUUCCCCCAGCCCCUGCACCAGUCCGAUUCCCAACACGGACCCUUACCCGUCACCUCAAACUCAUUCCAGCGCUUGCUCCUGUCCCCCAUCUCCUCCCAGCAGCGACUACGAGAGCUGCUGCUCCGAGCCAGAAGAUUAUCAGUGCAAAAGGUGCCGUUGGACUUGACCACGUGGUCCAGCGGAGGAGAUGUUUGACAAAAAAGAAAGAAAAUUGGCACACAGCUUUUCUACCGUUGCCACAAAUUUCUCCUUUUGUUGAUCACAGAGAGAUAUUUUAGCCAACAUUUGAGUGGAUCGUUGCUUAUUUGUUUGCUAUGUAACAAGUAUUUGUCUUCCACAUAAUGUUGAAAUGAACAAGAACAAAGAGUGUGUGUGUGAGAGAGUGUGUGUGUGUGUGCGAGUGAGAGAUGAGGCCUGCUGCCAUUUAAAGAGGUUAGAUUCAGAGAGAGAAGAGGCAAACAAAAGGUAAACUUCUAGAAAGCCGUAGACUCUGGAAGGAACAGAGGUGCUUUUUGAUACUGUGAAAUCGACUUUUUGUAAACGUGUUUUGUAAUCGCCAUUUUGCUUAAAUGUCAAAGGUAGCUCUGCACUGCACUCUGCAGUUUUUUUUUGUUUCAUUUUCUAUUUCCAGUUUUUGCUACUUUUCUUUAUGGAUUUUCUUACUCAGGUUCAUUCUUUAAAAUAAAACCAAAAAACUAGAAA